UUGCUGCAUUCUCACUUCCCUGAUCGUGUAACAUUAAAACUUAUGCUAUAAACAAGAGAUUGAGUAGUGCAGGAGAAAUCCCAAAGAGAUCCCCACAAUUUUGACAAUGGCGAUCAAGGCCCUCGUUCUAAUUUUCAUCUAUGGACAACUGUGGUGGAACCACACCGCUGGAAAGGGGCCUGCGGGCAUGUCGCUCAAUGCUGAACCCCAAAGCUUCCCGUCUCAAGGAAGUCAAACAAAAGACCCUACCAAAAAUGUACAGCAAAGGCCAUCCAGCGAACCCCAGCUUACUACCCCAACAAAAGAACCUAAGCUUGCAAAUGAACAUUUAAUAGCCGCUGUGGCCAUUGGAGUAAUCUUGUUGCUCAUGAUUGUGAUUAUCAUUGCCAUCUUCCUUUGGAGGCAACGGAAAAGGUCAAGUGUGUCUCUUCCCCACUGGGCAGGGCGCUCCCCGUUUGCCGAUGGAGACGUGCCUGACAUCACGGUAGAUAAGGAACCGCUGCAAGGCAUAAAACGGAUGUCCGUUCUCUCUCUGCCAUGGAAAUUUAACAAGGACACACAGCUGCUGGACAAUGCAGAAGGGCAACUGUCUGAAUCCAGGAAGACCUUGGAGGUUCCACAGGGAUCGGGUGAGGCAAGUACAGAGAGCGAGUCAAGCCACACUGCCACGGCAACCUUGGAUUCCUCAGCCAGCAGCCAAACCCAAAUUUCCGAGGAACCAAACAACUUAACUGACAUUUCGCUCCAGCCGGAGAGUCCAAGGUUACAAGAUUCUCCUCCUUCAGCCAGCUGGCCCAGCGGAGUCAAUGGGGAUGUUUUUAUCCCUGAAUCCCGUCCCAUGGAACAACAUGUAGAGAUCCAGGGUUCCAUACCACCAGAUUUGCCCCAACAAAAUGUUGAAGAAGCAGUGCUAUUUCCUCCACCGCCAGAAGACUUUUUGUGCAACUGAUUUUUAUAGGUGUCGGUGCAAGUAAUCGCUUCCUUCUGAAAAAAUAGAGUAGACCCAUUUUCUUUUCAUCUUUUCAUACAGGUAGUACUCGAC